AUGUUUUCAAAAGGCAUUUCGAAAAGUUUACAAACAACUAAAAAGUCUAUCAGAAAACCCAGUUAUAUACAUCACAUCGGUGAACAACCUUUACAAUAUAUCACAAUCGGACGACUUUUAGAAAACGCAGCCGACAAGUUUGGCGACAGAAAAGCCAUCAUUUCAACACACCAAAACCAAUCAGUGACGUUUUCUGAACUUUUACAGAAGGCGGAUAAACUAGCCGCAAGUUUCAGAUUAUUAAAUUUAGAAAAAAGUGAUCGCUUAGGAAUAUGGGCUCCAAAUUUGAUAGAAUGGUACGUCACCAAGAUGGCAUGUGCACGAGCUGGUCUGAUUUCGGUAUGCGUUAAUCCUGUUUUUGAAGCCUCGGAAAUAGAAUUUUGUAUCAACAAAACUGAAAUAAAGGCUUUGGUGUGUGCUAAUAAAUUUAAGCACCAUGAUUACUACGAGACUUUGUUAACUGUGGCUCCUGAACUGGAAGAGUGCAACCCUGGUAGACUUCAAAGUAAAAAAGUGCCAUCUCUUAGAACAGUCAUUCGCAUCAGCAACGACACUAAAAGAGGUACUUAUAAUUUUCACGAAAUUUUGGAUCUAGCUGUUGACACUGAAAUCGCAGCAGUACAAAAACUGCAGCACAGUAUCAGUCCAGAUGAUGGUUGCAGCCUUUAUUUCACUUCAGGAAGUACAGGACAACCAAAAGCGGCUUUAACCACCCACUUCAAAAUGGUCAAUAAUGGGUUCUUGUUGGGAAAAAAAAUAGAACUAUCCAACAAGUAUCAUAAAAUUUGUGUGCAACUACCACCUUUUCAUAUUUAUGGUACUCUCUCUGGAAUCGUGGCAUCGUUACAUCACGGUAGUACCAUAGUUUUACCUACGAACGGUUACCAACCCAGUAAAGCUUUGGACGUAAUCAAAAACGAAAAGUGCACGGUACUUAUUGGAACUCCUACGAUGUAUAUAGAUCUAAUUGAAAGUCAAGAAAAACGCACAGAACCUAUAUCUGCAGAGAUAGCUCUCAUAGGUGCUUCUCCAGCCUCAGAUCAUCUGUUAGAACAGAUUAUAAAAACCUUGAAUAUACCUAAAAUCCGUUUGAUCUAUGGACUAACAGAAUGUACUGGAUCAGUGUUUCAAUCAGUACCGACAGGAAUUAAAGAAGAAUCUCCAAAGUUUGUGAAGUACGUACAAGAACAUAUGGAGGUUAAAGUAAUAGAUGAACAUGACCAAACGGUACCUUUUGGUACUCCUGGAGAACUGUGCGUACGAGGUUAUAGUAUCAUGUCAGGUUACUGGAAAGACGAAGAGAAAACGAACGAUCUGAUAGGACAAGACGGUUGGCUUAGAACAGGAGACCAGUUCACUCUUGAAGAAGAUGGAAGUGGACAAGUGGUCGGACGAAUAAAAGAUCUGAUUAUACGAGGAGGAGAAAAUGUGUUUCCAAAAGAAAUCGAACAAUUUUUGAUCACACAUCCAGAUAUUUUGGAAGUGUAUGUGGUUGGUACACCACAUAAAAGGCUAGGGGAAGAAGUUUGUGCGUGUGCGAGAAUUAAACCACAAUCAAAUUUAACCCUUGAAGACAUCGUAACUUUCUGUAAAGGAAAGUUGGCAUACUUCAAAAUUCCCACGAGGAUGGAAAUUUUCGACAGUUUUCCUCGAACAGCUGGAGGGAAAAUCCAGAAACUUAAGCUUCAGGAAAUGCUGUCUGAAAGAAAUGUUUAAAGAAAAUUUGUAAUGGUAUUUUGUUAUUAAUAUGAGUUGACAGGCAAAAAAUUGUGCGAAGGUUAUUUCAACAAAUAAAAAAAUAAAUCCACU